AAAAAGAGAAGAAAAAAAACCACAAAAAGGUGAAAGAAAGUCUAUUUUUUUUUCUACAUGAAAAAAAGAAGAGAAAAAGAGAUAAAGUGAAAUUGAUUUUGAAUUCCUUGAAUACAUUAUAUUUAUAGCUUGCAUGCUACUUUUUUUAAAUCCAACAAAAUAGUUUAUUUUUUGUGGAUCAAAACUUGUGCGUUUAUUUGAAAAGAAUUCAACAAGUGGGUUUUUUGCAACAUUCAAAUUGAGAUUUAAAAAAAUAUAUAAAAAUAAAUUGAAGUAGCUACAGUCAGUAGCACGUUGUGAAAAAAGGGAGAAGCAAAGGCAAAGUGUUAAAGUUGAAAUCUCAUUUUUUUUUCGUGGAUUAAAAGUACACAAAAAAAUUUAUCAUAAGGAUUGAGUCUUUACGUGGAAAUUAGAUUUGAUUCAGCAAAAAUGGAACUAUUUCAACCAAGUACUUGCAGAUUGUAAUCAUGCAGCAUGCGAGCUUUUUGUACCGUCAGCGCACCCCUAGAGGUUUGCGCUCCUCCAUCAAGACCACCUUUACCACCACUUCCGGCAAAUGCACGAUUUUUAGCUCUAAGGCUAUUCGGAACACCACAAUCUCGCACCCUAUACUUCCUAGUCGAGGCCAAAAGUCGUGUAAGAGAAGUGUACGCACAAACAUGUCAUCACUUUUCAAAGCAAGGAAUGCUGGACACCGAACUGUUCGGUUUAGCAGUUAUGAUGGAUGGGGAGUAUCUGUUCGCCGAUCCCGAAUCCAAGCUAUCAAAGUAUGGCCCGAAAAGUUGGCGAUCAUCGCACACACACGGUCUCGAUGCGAAUGGCAAACCUCUCUUGGAAUUUCACUUCCGUGUACAAUUCUACAUUGAGAGUCCGCUUAUGUUAAGAGAUGAAAUAACACGACAUCAUUAUUAUUUGCAAUUAAAAACGAAUGCUGUACAUCGGGAUGUACCAAAGGAGUGCUCAGAUCAGUCAUUACUCCUACUUGGUGGCCUCUCAUUACAAGCCGAUUUUGGCGAUUGUCCCGAUGAUUCACAGUCACAAACAGAUUAUUUUCGUCCCGAUGAUUAUAUACCAACAGCAUUACGUACAACUUGGGGCAUAUCAGCAUUGCAUUCUUGCCAUAGAGAGAAUCGUGGAAUGUCACGUGCAGAUGCAGAGACGCAUUUCAUAAGAGAAGCAUGUGGACUUCAUGAAGCCAUAAACGCUCAUACAUUUAGAAUGAAAAGUAACAAAAAUGAAAAUGGUGUUGGUUCAGUUAUGUUAAUUAUUUAUGCUAAAGGUAUCAAGAUAGUUAAUGAGACAACUCAACCGAUUACAUUCCUAUGGCCGUUAAUAAGUAAAUUAAGCUUUGAUCGUAAAAAGUUUGAAUUGAGAUCGGGCGACAAUAAAAUAACACUUUAUUCGGGUAACGAUGAUAAAAAUAAGAUGCUGUUGGCAUUAUGCAGAGAGACUCAUCAAUUUUCUAUGAAAAUUGCACCACGUCUAACGGAAGCGAUAAAGCGUGAAGAAGAAGAGAGUAAUUGCAUUCAUGCAUGCUACCUUUAUUCUCGUGCAUUAAACAUGCAAUAUAAGAGCAAAAAUGAUCAAAGAAUAUCUGUUAUAUCGAGCACAAGUUCUAAUACAACAUCGGGCAUUGUCAGUGAUCGCGUGCAUUCGGAGGAUGAAUUAGAGAUUUUAAUAAAUACUCCACCUAUUGCGGCACCCUCAACUGAAAGUCUCGCACUUGCACAUUUACUCGAUUGUCCGAGUGUAUCGCGACAAACGUCAUCUGUCGGUCAGGUGUCACUUAAAGAUAUUGGCGACACAUUUGCUGCAUUAUCCGUUCGAUCAAAUACACGAUCAACAAGUAGCGAAGGAACGGAGACACUUAAGGAGCGUAAUAGCGAGAAAGAUUCCGAUGUCUCACCUACAUCACAUAAUGUUGGAUCACAAUGUUCUUCAACGUGUAGUACAAUCGUUGUUGUUGCAUCAGAUUCAUUAUCGCUUUCACCUCAUAGUAAGGCGCAGCAUAAUAGCAGUAGUAGCAAUGGUAGUGGGCGUCGACAGUCGUCGUGUAGUAGUUUAGAAUUAGGUUUUAGUCAUACAGCACAGAAUUCAACUGUAAGUGAACUUACAACAAAUUCAGUCAAUGAUAAUCAUCAUUUUGAUGGCACUGAUGAACAGAAUGAUGAUGAUGAGACAAUUUCCGGUGUAUAUACACUUGAUGAUCAUGUUGCACCAACAGAAACAAGUGGCGUUUACACAAUGAAUAGUAGUGAACUCACGGGUCAAUCAUCGGAAAUUGCAGAAUCGGAAUCACAUGAAAGUUCACACUACGGAAGCUUCCAUCCAAACAGUGAAAUGGGUGAUAAGCUUGUUGUUAAUAUCAACAUCGAUUCUGUCGAUGGAGACUUCCGACAGCGACUCGAUAGUGAAGAAAGUCAAUUUAGAAUGAGAUCUGAUUCGAACAUUAGUGCUGCUGGUUCAUUCCGUGGUGAUGGAAGUGAUCCAACUGAUUCUAUACACAAUCCAUUAACAGCAGAGGAACUGACAGAUUUGAUUGUUGGACGAGGUUCAUAUCCAUCACGUAAGACAGUUAGCAAUACAAUGGAUUCAGACUGUGAUUAUGUCACACUACCGAUUCCAUUGGAAGGUGAAAGUUAUUUGCAAGGAAGUGAGGACACAGCACCAACUGAAGAUGAAUAUGAGAAAGAUUUAUUGGAAGUUAAACCGCCUGCACCACCACAAAGAAUUGACAGCAUGUCUCUAUCGAAUCUUGUUGAAUUACCAAAACCGCCACCAUAUAAUGCACAUCACGAAAAGACGGGCCUUCGUGGUCCAGAUAUUUCACCUGAAAUUCCAUCACUUCCUAUCAGAGAAUCUCAAGUUUAUCCUAGAAAGUCAUUGCGUUCACUCUCAACUGUCAUACCUCCGUCGACAAUACCCGAAGAGACACCUGCACGAUUUAUAACAACGCGACCUCACAUAAAUAUUCUUAAGGCACAUACGUCACUCGUUGGAGAGUCAACUAAGCCAAGCUACGCUGCACCAACAGUCAAUACGAUUAAUAAUCUCUCACAAUCACCAUUACCAACGACAUCGUCAGCAACAUCAUUAUCUCUAGGUAUUCCCAUUGUACCAUAUCACAAUUUGCACGCUAAAAGUCACUUAUCACAUUCCUCACGAUAUCCCGAAGCAAAAUCAGCACCAAGAACUUGCGUUCUAUUGCCAGUAAUAAAGCCUAGAUCACAGCAAUAUGUUCCUCCACCAUCUAUGCCUACAAUGCAAAGACAGCCCCCACCACCUCCUCCUCAACUUGCCACAGUCUAUACAAGUCAACUUGCACGAUCCCAAAUAGAAUUAUAUCAGCAACAGCUUUAUAGUGAUGUAGAUUAUGUAAUUUAUCCAUUGCAAGAUCCAGCUGUGAGUCAACAAGAAUAUCUUGAUUCAAAGCAAGGAUCAAUAUUAGCUGCAAUGGCACAAACACAACCACCGCCAUAUCUUGCAUAUCACACUGUCCGUGCACAUAAUAGAAGUUGGGAUGGUAAUCAUGCUCUCUAUCGUAGCACACCAUUUUUAUCAAUGGCAAUCUCAUCACCAUCACGUUAUGCAUCGACACAAAAUUUAUCUGACACAUAUGUGCAAUUGCCAGGUGCAUAUUCACCACUUUAUAGUCCAUCUGUUGCAAGCUUAUGUUCAUCAUAUGACGCACAUACGAUGCCACCACCUCCAUUACCACCAUUAAGACCACCGAGAAUUGCACCAACGACAACUGUCACAUCGUCGUCGAUUUUCUCACGAUCAAGAUCUGAUGAUAAUAUUUUAAAUUCAAUAGAUGUAACGCCAAAAUCACGUAGACCAAUUCCAAUACCACCUGCUUAUGAUAAGAAACCAAUUAGAAAACCACCGAUGCCGGUGCCGUUUGAGUGCACAGAACUACCGCCUUCUGUACCCGCAAAGCCAUCGACACUGAGGUCUUCAUCAACUUCAUCAAUCCUGAAGUCGCAAUCGAAGUCUUCAAUGAAUUUAACGACAGUCGAGACAUCAUCAAAAAUGGCACUUACACUUGCAGAUGUUAGCAAAACGACAUCCUCAAGUUCAAAACCGAUAGAUUUGAAGGAUCUUAAACUUUCACAUGUCAUCUGCCCGGAAUCUAAUAAAAUUCUAUGUACACCGGCAACACUAGCACAACAGCAAAUAGACAUAAAUAUUCUACGUGAGAAAAGCAAGCAUCUUGAUUUGCCUCUCAUCUCAGCAUUAUGUAAUGAUCGUUCCUUAUUAAAGCAAACAAAAGCCUUUGUGAUGCCAAAACCAUCGAGGUCAUCACUUCAAGGUCUAUCACAUACAUCGUCAAAAAGUAAAUAUCCUGUAUCAGGAUUAAAUACAACACAAUUGACAUCGACGAAGGGUAGAAAGACGACAAUAAGUCAUCGACAUCCAAAUGAUAAAUUGCCACCAUUACCCGUACAAGAGAAGAGUGGUAAUAAAAAUAAUUACGUUAUGGACCCGAUACCGCUUAAGCAAAAGACAAAUCAACAAAAUACAAAUCUUUAAGGAUGACGGAUGUCCUGAAAAUUUUAAAUUUUUAUUUUGCGAUUAGAAAUUUUUUGAUUAUUAAAAGAAAAAUCAUUUUAAAAAUGAUUAAAUUAAGUAAUAGGUGAAGAUAAAGAAGUUAUAUUGAAAAUCAGGGCUACAUUUAGAACUUAUUAUGCUUUUUAAUGUUUAAGGAUAUAAAGAGUAACUUCUCUUUUUCGACUUUCAUGAGACCAAAAAGAACCUUUUUUGGCUUCAUCCUGAAGAAUCUUACUAAAAUUAUCGAAAUAUUGUUCUAUAGAAUUUUAGGGUAGCUCUCUGAGACAUAUUUGGUAAUUUUGGUAUCUCCUUCAAAACUCUUUAAUUUAGUAAGAAAAAAAAAUAUUUAAAAAAAAAUUCCGCAUUAUUUUAAUGCACACAAAAAUAAAAAAUAAAGAAAUAGUGUUAGAAAAUUUACAUAAUUUUGCCAUACACAUUCACAUCAGCAGUCAAUCAAAAAUAAUCUUUUUUUGUUAAGGUUAAAUUAAUGAAAUUCUUAGUUGAAUGUUAAAUAAAAAAAAAACAAGGUGAGGAUCAAAUUGAAUUAUAAAAGACAUGUAGGAAAAUGAAGCUCCAGCUGAUUGUGUGGUUGUUGCUUGAUGAAUAGAGAUUGAGAUUGUGUUGAUUGAGGAUUAGUCUACAAGGCUUGAAAUGUUCUAAUCUUGCAAAGAAAACUAUCUUAAACUUAAGUUGAAUUUUAUAAAUUCUCGGCUUUUGGUUUAUUUGUUCUUGUUAACCUAAAUCCGAACAGAGUUCGAAUUUGACAAGAUUAGUUUUCGAAUGUUAAGAAUUCUUUGAUAAACAAUUGAUUCUAAUAACAAUGAACUCAUUUCGACAUAAAUUCUAUCAACUCUAAUUCUUCAACUCCAAUCUGGACCAAAAUCCUCCAAACAACAAUCACACAAACACCAGAAGUAGCAAUUUAACAUAAAAAGAAAGUUUCGAUCAAAAAAAACUUCAAAAUUCGUACAUAAUUUAAAUAAGAAUAAAGAAAUUUGCUCAAUUAUAAGGAAAAGAAAAUAGCUUAAAUGAGAAAUAAAUCACAUUCACAUCAACAAUUAAAGAAAUAGAACUUUAUGAGAGAAAGAAAAAAAUUUUAAAAUUAAAUUAAUGAAAAAAAAGCAUUUAGAAUUGUUCAACAAUUUUUUUGUAAUUAAGUACUCAAGAUGAAAAAAAUUUUAGAUUUUAAGGAUGAAAAAAAAAUUAUUUUGUUACUUUGAAACAUUCUGCAGAAUGCAAUUUAAAACAAUCUGGAAAAUGAUGACUUAUAUAUUACAUAUAUAUACAUAAACAAAAA